AUGAGUUAUGCAAAAAAAGGAAGUUUGAGAAAGCGUUUGUCUGAUAUAGUUAAAUUUAAGUGGCAAGACAGGUUACAAUUGUUAAAAAAUAUUGUAUCAGGACUUAAAGUAAUUCAUGAAUCAAAUUUAGCUCAUGGUGAUUUCCAUGAUGGUAAUAUUUUAAUAUCAGAUAAUUACAAUGAGGUAUUUAUUAUUGAUUUAGGAUUAUGUAAACCUAUAAGUGAUUUACAGGAUUCUGAUAAUGAAAUAUAUGGAGUUUUACCUUAUAUGGCGCCUGAAAUAUUAAGAAGUAAUCCCUAUACUCAAGCAAGUGAUAUCUAUAGUUUUUCAAUGAUAAUGUGGGAAUUUACAUCAGGUAUUCCCCCAUUUAAUCAUGAAGCACAUGAUCAUGAUCUGAUUUUGAGUAUUUGUAAUGGAGAACGUCCUAAAAUUAUGAAAAGUACUCCAAAUUGUUAUAUAGAUUUAAAUGAAAAAUGCUGGGAUUCAAACCCUUCUAAUAGACCAACCAUAAUGAUGCUUGUAAAUACUAUAUCUGAAUGGAUUGAAUGUAUUAAUGAAUAUUAUAGAUUAAACAGGAAUGGAAAUUAUCAAUUUAGAGUACAUGCAAUUAAUAAUCAAUUAACAAAUGAUAUGUUUGAACUUGUAGUAGCAGACAAAACUUCAGUACAAGAACAAGUAAAUACUUCUAUUAUGCAAUCUCAUCUACAAGCAAAUACUUCUAUUAUGCAAUCUCAUUCACAAGUAUAUUAUACAAGUCGCAAACUUACUGAAAUCUUAGUUCAAGAAUAUUCAGUUCAAGAAGAGUCUACUCAGGGUUAUGAUUGUGCAAUUGAAGAUUAAAAAAUAUUUAUAUUAUGUAUG